UGAAAGACUAGAUCAUGGUUACAAGCAGGACACAAAAAUGGAAUUUGUGAAGAAGGCAAUUUAUACAAUGGCUUAUGGACUUCACAACAUGCAGAGAGAUAUGUGUAAUUCUACUCAUGGGUUGUGUGCUGCCAUGACUCCGAUAAACGGCUCCGUUCUGCUCCAGUAUCUCAUGAACGUCACCUUUUCCUGGAACAACGAAACGGUCCGUUUUGAUGCAAAUGGUGAUUCUCCGGGAAGGUACGACAUCAUGAACUACCAGAGAAUGAACGCUACAAGGUACGACUAUGUUAAAGUCGGGUCCUGGAUUAACGGUGUGUUGAAACUUGAUCGUUUGUUCCAGUGGGGAAAGAUUACGGAGGGGAACAGCCCCCCCGAAUCUGUCUGCAGCAAACCUUGUGCUCGUGGUGAAGUAAAGAACAUUGUAUCCGAAAUGGUACAGUGCUGUUGGAAGUGUGUCAAGUGCAAAGAAAAUGCAUACGUUUCAAAUGAAACCACAUGCCAAGAAUGCCCUCCUGGAUACUGGCCCAAUGAUAAUCUAACAGGUUGUGACGAAAUUUCUGUCGAGUACAUCCAUUGGUGGGACUCCACUGCUGUUGUGUCAUUGACCAUUGCUUGCCUCGGGUUUGUGGCCACUUUUGUAGUGAUGAUUGUGUUUAUACGACAUAACAAUACCCCAGUGGUCAAGGCCUCCACCAGGGAACUAUCUUACAUCAUCAUGGUUGGAAUGUAUCUUUGUUACGCUACAACCAUAGUGUUAUUGGCUAGGCCUACGCAGACAUCUUGUUUUCUCACUCGUGUUCUCCCUGGGUUAAGCUUCUCGAUGAUAUAUGCAGCUCUGGUAACAAAGACCAAUCGCAUCGCCCGGAUUCUAGCAGGAAGUAAAAAGAAAAUCAUAACUAAGAAACCGAGAUUCAUGAGUGCCACAGCUCAGGUUGUCAUCACUUUUAUUCUUAUCUCCAUCGAAGGGACAAUCAUCGCCGCCAUGUUAAUUUUUGAGCCAGCAGAUUCAAAGUUAGUGUAUCCAGCCAUUGAUAGCGUAAAACUAACUUGUAACACUACGACUUUGGGAAUAAUCGCUCCGUUAGGGUUUGACUUCUUCCUCAUCGCAAUGUGUACAGUUUAUGCUGUGAAAACAAGGAAUUUGCCUGAAAAUUUCAAUGAGGCUAAGUUCAUUGGCUUUACAAUGUACACAACUUUAGUCAUUUGGAUGGCGUUCGUCCCUAUAUAUUUUGGAAGCAGCUCCAGCGUGAUUACAAUGUGUCUGUGUAUAAGUUUCAGUGCGCUCGUUGCUCUCCUGCUUCUAUACGUCCCCAAAGUGUACAUAAUUAUUUUUAGGCCCGAGCGAAACAAUAGGAGCGCUUUCACUACAACCAAAGAUGUCCGCUGUCAUAUAGGAUAUCUUGCUUCAGGAAACGUUGGGGUUUCCAGAAACUCGUCUCAGACCACUUCAGACUUCAGUAUCGAGUCACCGAGGUAAGUAAAUAUUCGUCAUUAAAUACCGAUAAAACCUUAGCGGGUAUUCUUGGUGAAGACAUAUCCAUAUGUCGGUAAGUAAAUAUUCGUUAUUAAAUACCGAUAAAACCUUAGCGGGUAUUCCUGGUGAAGACAUAUCCAUAUGUCGGUAAGUAAAUAUUCGUUAUUAAAUACCGAUAAAACCUUAGUGGGUAUUCUUGGUGAAGACAUAUCCAUAUGUCGGUAAGUAAAUAUUCGUUAUUAAAUACCGAUAAAACCUUAACGGGUAUUCUUGGUGAAGACAUAUCCAUAUGUCGGUAAGUAAAUAUUCGUUAUUAAAUACCGAUAAAACCUUAGCGAGUAUUCUUGGUGAAGACAUAUCCAUAUGUCGGUAAGUAAAUAUUCGUUAUUAAAUACCGAUAAAACCUUAGCGGGUAUUCUUGGUGAAGACAUAUCCAUAUGUCGGUAAGUAAAUAUUCGUUAUUAAAUACCGAUAAAACCUUAGUGGGUAUUCUUGGUGAAGACAUAUCCAUAUGUCGGUAAGUAAAUAUUCGUUAUUAAAUACCGAUAAAACCUUAACGGGUAUUCUUGGUGAAGACAUAUCCAUAUGUCGGUAAGUAAAUAUUCGUUAUUAAAUACCGAUAAAACCUUAGCGAGUAUUCUUGGUGAAGACAUAUCCAUAUGUCGGUAAGUAAAUAUUCGUUAUUAAAUACCGAUAAAACCUUAGCGGGU